AGUUUGACAUUAGUCACGUGCAUAAUCACGUGUUCAAAUAUUUUGUAUGUAAGUUACAACGUGAAUUAUCUACGUAAAACUCGACAUGAAUACCGAUAGUGAAUCAGAUUUACAAAAGCUUUUUUUAGAGUCAUUAGCUAACGAUAAUGUCUUUAUGAUAGCAACAACUGUUGACACAGGUUUCGAAUGGCAAGCAGUGGAUGAAUGCAAAGAAAAGCUGGAUAAAAAUGUUAAGAUCGUUAAAGAACGAGGAAAAAUCUUCUUUAACAUAUAUUGGAAUCAAUUUACGCAAGUGCAAGCAAUGAGAUCGAUAGAUAACAUAUUCAUAGUGGGAGAUGUUAGAAAAUUUGAAUUUAAUGGAACCAAUAAAGAGGCUGAUUUACAGCUUUUCAAAGAUGCUGUGAACAAUAAUAUGAAAUUAGAAAAGGCUCUGAACGCUUGGAAGUCUGUCACUGAAUUCCAUGGAAAGAUAUAUCCAACUAUUGAAGAAUAUAAUUCAGUAGAGAAGGAUUGUAAACUCUCCAAUACAACUGUUUCACCUGCGACGCAAAGAGUAAAGAAAAGAGGUCAAAAUCCUUUUAAUACCAAAGAAGAUGAGAUUCUAAGAUACAGAGUAACGUGUGAAAGAAGUGGAAAACACGCGUUUGAAUCUUAUGAUGUUGCCAGAAUUAUUGGAGGAGAAUUACAAGAUAAAUAUCAUUGGCUUGUUGAUUUAUCUGCAUACUAUCUAGAAAUAGUUUGUAAAGUAACUGAUAAUGAAUUGGUAACACAUUUACGUGUUACGCAUGAAUCUAAGCAUCGUCGGAAUAUUGCGCAUUUUGGACCAACUACCCUUAGAGCAACUAUAUGUUAUAAUUUAUUACGGUUAGCUCAUCCUAAUCCAGGAGAUAUAAUAACUGACCCAAUGUGUGGUGGUGGUUCUAUUCCAAUAGAGGCAACUUUGGUUUACACUAAAUCCUAUGUCAUUGGUGGAGAUAAUCAUCCAAAAGCUAUAGACAGAACGAAAUCUAAUGUUGAUACAUGUACCACAAAAUCUAAAAUUGAUUUAGUACAUUGGAAUGUACAACAGUUACCACUUAAGGAUUCAUGUGUCGACAUUGUUAUUACUGAUAUGCCCUUUGGGAAAAGAAGUGGAAGAAUGAUUGAUAACAGAAUACUAUACAAACAAUUUUUAGUAGAAUUAGGGCGAGUUGUGAAACCUUCAACGGGCCGAGCAGUAUUACUCACUUACGAUAGACGUAGUUUUAACACGGCUUUGCAAGCUGCCGGGAACUUGUUUUGGGUAACAAAAAUGUUGGGUGUAAAUAUAGGUGGUCUCCAAGCUGCAGUGUACGUUUUAAAGCGAACAGACACAGCUUAUGAGCAAUUUAAACCUAAAGUUGUUAAACAUCCUACACAUAAAAGCAAGUGAACAAAAGUGAUUACAAAUAUUGUUAAUUUAAGCA